AUGGCCGUCUCAAGAGCCAUUCGCAAGGCCUUUCUGGCCAUCGAGCAGUCCGAAGGCGCAGGCGCGCGCGUCCGCCGCAGCAUCGGCACCCCGCAACUGCGCAACUUUUCGCCCUUCUUGAUGCUGGACCACUUCAGUGUCAAGCCCGGUGCUGGCUUUCCAGACCAUCCGCAUUCCGGACAAGAAACGAUCACGUACGUGCUGGAGGGCGCUGUCGACCAUGAGGACUUCGUAGGCAACAAGGGCACGAUCGAGGUGGGUGAUCUGCAGUUCAUGACGGCGGGCAAGGGAAUCAUGCACGCGGAGAUGCCGCGCCAGAACCCCGACGGCAGCCCCAACGUCGGCAUGCAGCUCUGGGUCGACCUGCCGGAGAAGCUAAAGAAGUGCGAGCCGCGCUACCGCGACCUGAAGGCCAGCGAGAUCCCCAAUAUCGAUGUCGAUGACGGGAAGGUGCACAUCAAGAUCAUCUCCGGGCAGAGCCAUGGCGUCGACAGCGUCCAGGAAUUGGCCUACACCCCGGUUUGGUGGUUAGACAUCGAAAUCAAACCAGGUGGGAAGGUCAAGCAGAGUCUGCCGGACGGGUGGAAUGCUUUUGCUUACACUCUGAGUGGAUCGACCACUUUUGGAGAGGGUGCGGAGAAGACGACUGUGGGCCAGUACCACAAUGUUGUUUUUGAGCAGAAGGGGGAUGAGGUCUAUGCUGAGGUUCCAGCAGACGCAAAGGAGAAUGGCCACUUUAUCCUCGUCGCCGGCCUCCCCCUCGACCAGAAAGUCGUGCAGUACGGCCCCUUCGUCCUCACCUCACAAGAAGAAGUCUACCAGAAGAUCAUGGAUUACCAGGCCCACACCAACGGCUUCGAGCGCGCCAGGGGAUGGCGCAGCGAGAUUGGGAAGAGCAUGGUUCAUUGA